AUGAUACUAGCGCUCUUUUUAGGAUCAAGGAUAGGUUACACUUUGAAGACUUAUGAACCAAGGGAAGCAGGUUUUGUGCUUCUUACAUCUAUUUUUAAGGCUUGGUAACCUAGUGAAUAUUGUUUAGCCGUUGGUUUGCCCAAGGCUAAACUCGUGGCCACGUUCUUUUCUCUAGGAAGAAAUAAAUACAUUUUCAAUUGGUGAAAUUCGUAGGGUAACCUGUGUGUUCUUAAUGUGCGCGUGCUUCUAUCCGUUGCUGUAAUAAUAGGGAGUUUACACAAACACGACUGAAAGUGAUGGCAGCAAAAACAUCAAUUAUAAUGUGAAUUCACGCUUUUAAAACUAUUCCUCUUCCAUUUGCUUCAAUUUGUCAAAUGUAGGCAAUUUUUUUGGAGUAGAAUCCUUUAUGGACCGUAUGCACGUUCAGAACUGAAAGAAAACGAACAUUGCACCUUUUGUCUAGGUGAUGAAUAAAACAUAAAGAAUUAGAAAAUCUCACUCCGUACACUUGCAGUAACCAUGCAGCGACGGAAAAUAAAUGUACCAAAAAGUGUGAUGCACGCGUUGAGUUGCUGUGUUGCCGUCACCGUUGUCGGGUUGCGUAUUAGCUCCCUAAUGGGGCAGAAAAAAUGAUGUAGUGUACUGCGAAUGCCAAGACGUUAAGCCCGCUGGAAUUGCAUCUGAAAGUGGAGCCAGUUUCAAAAUCCUUGAUGAUUAAGUAGUUACAUUUUAUUGUUUCCAAACUUCAGAAAGAAGACAAAAUAAAAGAGGUUAAGCAUUCUGUUACGUGAGACAAUCUGACGUACUGAUAUGCUACUAACUGCAAAAAAGUAUUUUUUCUUACAAAAUAAAUGAAACUUAUCUUGGAUUAAAGCAGCUGGACCAUCUCCGCGUCUUCUUAUAGGUGCUAAAUAAGAUUAUGUGCGUACAAUGUCUGUAACCCGUCCUUAAGGAGAAUAUAUCGGCCGUCACUGGUGAUUUUUAUCGUGUAGGCGUAACAAGAAAUGGUUCAAUAUACUCACACCCUGUUUUGCAAUAUCAAGAAGGAAGAGAAGAAGACAAAGAUGGGUCUAACCUCUUGGUUCAGCAUCGCGUCAGAAAGGGAGUUGGUGAGUAAUUUCAACUGAGAUGCUGAUACGUCAGUCUUUUAGGUAUCGGUCGAAACAGAAGGUCAAAGUGAACAAAUUAUUAUGAGUUAAGUUUGCAAAGUAAUAACCACCCUCCCUAUUUUUUAUCGUUACUAGUAUCCGUCUAAGGAAAUAUCUCCAUUUCAAAGCUGGAAUCUCAGUUGACGUCUCCUUGGUACCUAGAUUGUUACCAACGCUUAUUACACAUUGUAAUCGCUAUCUGUCUUCUCAGUGGUUAAGAGCCUAAAGUUAAUUUUGGAAAUCAGCGCAACCGACAGAUUAGUUACAAAUCUAUAGGUUAAGCGCACAAUGCAUGAUUUUUAAGAGCAAUGUCAAACUGUGUUCUAUACGAUGCUGUGUUUGCCCUUAUUUCCUUCAAAAAAAUGUAUAAUAAAACAGUUUUUAGAUUCGGUUUUUGCGAUAUCCGUAAUAAUCAAGGCCUCGAUAAGUGUUAUCAGCCUCGUCCUUGGCCCCGGCUGUUAACACUUACCUCGACCUUGAUUAUUCCGGAUAUCACAAAAACCUCAUCCAAUAAUUGUUUAUAGUAUGAACACCUAUCCUUUAUGUGACCCUCCACUUCACAGAAAUCGCGCGGAAGUCACUGUUCUUGUGUGUGAACAGAAGUCCGUCUAUCCGGUAUGGUCUUCGUGCCAGCGCAAGACGUAUCCGGUGUAGUGUGAACAAAGCCUUUGUAAGGCUGUGUCAGGCUGCGUGUAUUAAACUGCGCAGCCGCAGCUAUGCCAUAAAAGGGGAUCAGAAAAUGUCCGCCGAUCUUUGGGUAAUUCGGUUUAAGGUAAAACUUUCAGAAUGGUUGCCACAGAAAGUUGCAUAUGGAGUUUCCGCACAAGUAUGGCAAAUCUUUACAUCUUAACUGACUUGAUCGAUUGAAUACAUCAUGACGAAUUAACCUUGAAAUUUAAUUCCCAUCUUGUCUAAAUUAUUACUGUUCCUUGCUGUUGUUUAACGUAAUAACAUGUCUACUUUAAGUGCCAUUAUCAUCCUUUCAAAGAAGAAAAAAAUAAAACUUCUCUUACAAGCUUAAUAUAAUGACUUCACUGUUGCUUCCUUUUCCGCCGUUUCUUAACUGAGUUUAGCGAAUUCGUUAAAUAGUUUUCUUGGAAGAAUUUUUAAUAUAUCUGCUGCAAUUUUGUCUUUUUAUCUCAGUUCUGAUGAAGAUGACAUGGAACCCAACAUUGUGGUUUUGAAGAUGCAAAACCCAGACCCGAAAGGCAAUGGUGAAUUUUUGGACCCGAUCAUAAGGGAAGGGGUCACUCACGGAAGUAAUGACGGCACUAAGGAGGGAAAAGGUCUCCAAAAAGUCACUCGUACGCACUCUGGGAUCAAAGGUCAUACAAGAAAAAGGGUCGCAGACAAAGUGGUAACUAUGCUCUAAGUUAAACCUUAAGACUUUACCCACGUCAGAUAACGUUCAUUUCGAAGACGUAAUAAACUUCGCACCCGCGAAGAUGAUCGUGACUGAUUUCUCUGUUUUGAGAUGGAUAGUAUUCCUGUGUCUGGAUUUACUACUUUUCAGCAGAGAGACUUUUCUUUGCUCUACUUUCAUCUCUCUAAACAGCUUUUCAAAGUGAAAGCGCAGGCAGACCAACUAAGCGUCCAACCUACAAUGGUCUGGCAGGGAAGCCUGAGUAA